AAAUAAUAUACUUAAUUAUUAGUAGGAGAAUAAAGAUUAGCAAUGAGUUUAAAUCAACUUGAAAAAACUACAACAAAAGAAGAAAUAAUAGAAUAAAUUUAGGGCUAUAAAGUAGUGCUUCAAACCCCUUAUGGUAAAUUGCAAUCAUUACCUGCAGAUUUGUACUCCAACGGAAGAAAUAUCAAAGUUAUCGAGCAAAAUAUAGAUAAAUUUGUGAGGCCAUUUUAAUCUUCUUCAUACUACGAUUAGCAAAUAAGAAAUUAAAUAGUUAACUCCUGUUAAUAAGCAAUAUUUAAAAAUUUAAAUUGCUCAUCUUAAGUACACACUUGUUUGGCUUUUUAAGCUCAAAAAAAUAUGGAUUCUUUUGUUUAUAUUUCAAAUUUAUUCCUAAACCUAGUUAAUACAGAGAGUUAAGAUGUAAAAAUCAAUGUUUACAUUUAAAAUUACCAAAGUUACAAAAACGUAUUUCCAUGGUUGAUGAUAGCAGAGAGAAUGAGAUUAGUAACCAUAGAAACAGAUACUUAUGGGAAUAUACAAUAAAACAGUAUAGUAAAUACAGUAGUAAACCACAUAAAAGAAACAAAGUAUCAUAUCAUUUAAGUGAAAUCUACUUCUUCUAAAACUAACGAGCCUUUAAAAAUAGAAGAUAUUAUUAACCAAGUAGAAGCCUUAAGAAAAGAAUAUCCAGAAUGCUAAUUUUAUACUAUUUUGGAUGCUUCUUAGAUUGUAUUUUAAAAAUAAUAAGAAAAUGCAUUCAGUUACUUUGAUUUUAUUUCUAUCUCCUCUUCUGAAAUUUUAGGUGGCUAAAUGGCAGCCAAUUUACUAAUUGCAAGAAAGGAUAUUUUAACAAAAUUUGCUUAGGUUGAUUUACAAAAGAAUUUAUUUUAAGCAGAUAGCGAGCAGCUUCUAAGAAUAUGUUAAGCCUUAGAAUAUUGUAAUCUUAACAAUAUUCAAAGUAUGAUUGAUUCAUCUGAAAAUAGUAAAUUCUUUUAUGAUGAAAUGUAGAAAGUAAAUUAAGCACUCUAAGCAUAAAGUGUACUAAUGAAAAUUGAUUUAGGAAAUAUCUAAUCUGCCAAUACAAAAGGGAAGUACUCUAUUUUGAUGUACAUAGAAGGAGGAGAGUCCUUUGUUGAUGACAAGGAACAUGAAGGAAAUGGUAGGCCUAUUCUUUAAUCUCGAUUUUUAGCAUAAUUUUUAAAUGAUUUUUUUGGAAUUUAAGUAAAAUGUAACAAUUAAGUUAAAACCCCAAGCGGAUUUUAUUUUUCUGACAUUCCAUAAAAUUUAUGUGAAACGCUUGGAAUGGAUUAACAAAAUGAAUUUAAGCAGAUUAAUAGCAGCACUAUUGAGCUUGACAUCCAUUUUUUGUUAACCAAAGAUGAAAUAUAAUAUAUUACAUAGGCUUUAAAGUUGAUCGCAUAAAAUGCACUUAAAAUUAUCAAAUACUAUUAAAAUACCACCUAAUAGCUUAAACUCUAUGUCCCACCAGAAUAUGAUUUUUCUCUAGUAGCAAGUCUUUCCUUUUAAGGAAAUGUUAACAAUUUUAAACCAAUAAAAGAAAAGUAUGAAGAAUAAAUUUAAGCUGUUACUAAAUUGAUGAAGAACCCUGAUAAUUUCUACUCUCUUUAAGAAGGAUGGUCAGAAGAAAAAACUGUCAUUUUCCCAAUUAAUAGCUAUGAUGAAUACAUACCCAAAAAACCUAAAUUACAACUUUCAAGGCAAGCUAUUCAAUCAAAAAUAGAAACUGAAGUUGCUGAAGAAAAUUAAAAAAGAAAUUCAUUAAUUAAUGAAGAAUCAGUGAAAUCUUUUAAGCAGAAAAUUCUUUAAAUAUAAAAGGAUGAAGAAAAAAAGGUAGAGACUGUUAUUCAAAAGAUUUAAGAAGAUCCUAAAAAGGAUGAAUAGAUCUAAGAGCUGAAAUAAAAAUUAAAAGAACUAGAAAUAUAAAGUAGAGCUAAAGCAGAAGACUAGAAAAAAAUUAGACAGGAAAUAAAAUAAGAAGUUGAGAAAGAGUUGAGACAUAAACUUUAGAUUGAAAAAGACUACUAGUUUCAUAAUACUUUAGUAUAAAAGGAAAAGAGAAUAAAGAACUUGAAUAAGAUUUUUUAGUUUUAUUCUAAUUUGGUUGAUUAUCUAGAGCAAAAAAAGGAACCAGAAUAAAUCAUUAAUGUAAAAUAGAGAAAGAAUAAACGAGAAUAGGUUAUUGUAGAAAAACCAAAGUCUCUCACUCUCAAUAGAUUUUUAAAGUUUUGUAAUGACUUUGAAUUAAUCAAUUAAGAGCUAGAUAUUAAAACACUUUACCAGCUAUUUAACAAAGUGGGUUCAACUUUAGGUGAAAUAUUAUUUGAAGAGUUUUAAGUCCUAUUAGAAAAAAUGGCUCAAGUGUUUUAUGAAAAAAGUGAUAAGCUCUUUAAUUAAUUUGAUAGAAUUGAGUAAUUCUAUCGUCAUAUAGGAUUAGAUGAUUUUAAGCUAUUUAAAAAUAAGAUGAAAUAAGAAGGAUUAGCUCAGUUUUCAUUUAUUUUUCAUGACAAAUACAAAAUAUACAAUUAAGGGCAUGUAAUUCCAAACAAUCCUGAGUUUUUAAUGUUCAAUCCUCGCUUUAUUGAAAAUGAUUAAAGUCCAAUACAUAAAGGUUUAAACAAGAAAUAAUCUAAUGACAAAGAUGAAUUGGAUUGGAAUACUUAAUCAGUAUAGAUAAACCCUAAAACUAUCCUAAAUGACAAAUUUAUAUCUUAAGAUGAAUUAUUUACAGAAAUAGCUCUUUAAUCAAACGCAACUUUAUCUACAAAGCAACCAUAUCAAUCUAAUCUUUCAUCAGCUAGAAUGUAAAACUCAAAUUAGAAUCAAAUAUAUUCAUAAAUUUUAGGAAAAAACAACUAGCAAAGCGCCUAAAAUUUAAUAUAAAUACCAAACUAUUAUAAAUAUUCUCCAUAAUCACCAGAAUCUUCCAAGUUAUCAAAACAAAGCGACCAUUCUAAGGUAAUGAGCAAUAAAAGCGAUAUUUUCUCAAAUUAGUACUCUAGCCCAUAAUACAACUCUUUGCAAUAAAAACAAGAAUAACCUGAUAUUAAUUAUUUUUCUGACAAUAACUAUUAAGCAGAUCAAAGAAAGUAAAAAUUACUUUUAAGGGCAAAGUAAAUCUAUGAGUAAGAGAGAGAUAAAGAAUCCUAUCGUUUGAAGUCUCUUUAAUCUGAAUCUCCUAAUGUUUAUAGUAACAUAAAGCAGAGUCCUUAUAAACUAUAAGAUUAGUACAAUUAAUAUUAAGUUAAAUAAGGCAAUAAGUAAGAAUAUAUAAGCUAAUCAUAAAUGCUUCCAACUAACAAUCAUUACAACCAUCAACAAGGCUUAUAUCAAAAUUACAAAAACCAAUAUAAAGGUUAACAAAAAAGGUGA